AUGAAGAGAACUGGUACAGCUUUUGUGUUCAUCCUCCUCCAAACAUUACUGUGUUUGGCUUCUUCAAAUGAUUCACCGUUUCAACUGACUAACAAGGCCACUGGUUUUUGUUUGCGUAAAACAUAUAACUACUGUAGUCCCAUAGUCUGGACAACUGGUGAUCGACUUCUGUUUCCACAAAUGAAAAAGUGCCUCGGAGUCCAGGGGAAAAGCGUGGGAAGUGAAGUAACCCUUUAUGAUUGUGAUGAAAACAGUGAACUCCAAAAGUGGGAAUGCAGGAAUGAGACACUACUCGCUCUCAAAGGCCAAGAGCUUUACAUUGAGCUCACUGCAGAUAACACAGCAGUCCUCUCCAGAACAACCGGACCCAAUAACCACCUAACAAUUUUAGGGUCGUCCAGCGGUGCAUGCUCGAGAACAUACAGAGAAUAUUACACCAUCGGAGGAAAUGCGAAUGGUCGGACCUGUAUGUUUCCCUUCAAGUACAAAGACAUAUGGUUCACAGAGUGCACGACAUUUGAAUCCCCAGAAAGAAGUUGGUGUGCGGUUGAAACACAAUUUGAAAGAGAACUCUGGGGUUUCUGCCCAAGUAACUCCAAACAACACUGGCAAAAACACCUUACAUCAGGAGCAUAUUACCAGUUCAACACGCACUCCGCUCUGACUUGGUCCCAGGCUGAAACCAGCUGUAAACAGCAGGGUGCCUCCCUGCUCAGUAUCACAGAUCCUAACCAACACGCUUACGUCACAGUACUGCUAAGGGCAGGGGGCAGGGGACAGGGGGACAAGCUUUGGACUGGGCUGAUCCAGGAUACAGAACAUGGCUGGCACUGGUCUAAUGGGAAGCCUUAUCGUUAUCUCAACUGGGACAAUGGACAUCCAUCUUCUGGUCUGGGACACAACUGUGCAAUUGUUAAUAGUGCUGUAGAUUACUCCUGGCAAAGUUCAACAUGCACAAAGAGGUUAGGGUACAUCUGCUACAGUGAAGGAGGUGUGGCUCCUCCAACUCAAGCUGUUGAGACAGGAUUUUGUUCAAGUCCUUGGAUUCCUUACAAUGGCCACUGCUUCCUCCUCAAUCGGACUCGGAAAACAUGGCUUGAGGCUCAGAAAGCGUGCCGCAGAGAAGGAGGGGACCUAGUGAGCAUCCACAACUUGGAAGAGCAAAGCUUUGUAGUCUCUCAACUUGGCUAUGCAUCCACUGAUGAGCUUUGGAUUGGACUGAAUGACAGAAAGACAGAGAAGCUGUUUGACUGGACUGACCACUCUACUGUCAGCUUUACCAGCUGGGAAUUUGGGAGACCUACUGUCUUCUCUGACCAAGGAGACUGUGUUCUUAUGAGGGGAGAGAAUGGAAACUGGGCUGAGCGUGCAUGUGACCAGACACAUGGCUUCAUUUGUAUGAUGACGAGUGCCUCUGAACCCACUGGCGAAGAGGUGGAGCAGAAUGCGGGCUGCAACAAUGGUUGGAAAAGGCAUGGUUCCUACUGCUACUUUGUAGGGACAGAGACAAAGACGUUUGAUGAAGCCAAAGCUGUCUGCGAGAGCUCAAGUUCCUACUUAGCUGAUGUUUCAAAUGGGGUGGAUAAUGCAUUCCUUGUGAGCUUGGUGGGGUUGAGAUCAGAAAAAUACUUCUGGCUAGGCCUCUCAAACCAGCAAAACACUGACGAGUUUGUGUGGACCAACACAGACUCGGUGAGAUUUACCCACUGGAACACUGGAAUGCCAGGUCACCAGAAGGGCUGCGUUGCCAUGACAACUGGGAUUUUUGCUGGCCUCUGGGAGGUGCUGCCCUGCACCAAUAAGGAGAAAUACAUCUGCAAACACCUCGCACAGGGGGCAGGGGCAACCCCAGCACCAGUGACUGUUCCCCCUCCCAGAUGUGCAGAUGGCUGGACUCGGGUGAUAUCACGAAACUAUUGCUAUAAGUUGUAUUUAGAGCCACAGCAGAAAAAGACCUGGUAUGAGGCCAGAGAUUACUGCAGAGCCAUCGGAGGAGACCUGCUCAGCAUCCACAGCGCUGCCGAGCUACAAGUGGGAGAAAGAUUAGGGUAUGGACAAAUCUGGAUUGGACUUAGUGCUCCUGAUCCAGUCACUGGUUACGUUUGGAGCGAUGGAUCCCCAGUAAACUACCAACACUGGAGGGAUGGAGAGCCAGACAUUAGAACUAAUGUGGAUUCUUGUGCUGAAAUGAAAAUUAGUCCCUGGGUUUACACAAAUUUGUGGCGCAGUAAGCAGUGUGCUAAGUACAAUGGAUGGCUGUGCCAGAUCCGUACAGGAGUGACUCCAAAGCCACCUCCACCCCCCGUUACUCCUGAUUACAAUGAGACUUCAGAUGGGUGGCUAGUAUGGAAUGAGAAUCAGUAUUAUAUUAACAAAGAGAAAAUGGCCAUGGAAGAUGCUCGUCUCUUCUGCCAAAAGAGGCAUGGUGACUUGGUAACUAUCAACAGCAAAGCUGAAAGUGACUUUUUGUGGAAACGGAUGCAGAUGUCAGAAAGGUAUGCGCCUUACUGGAUAGGCCUGACAGUAGACUUGGAUGGAACAUUUGAGUGGAUGGAUGGUUCUCAAGUGGUGUUUGAAAUCUGGGAUCAGGGUCAGCCUGAUUUUAAGAAUUAUGAUGAGAACUGUGCAGUCAUGACGCAUGAUGGUUUCUGGCAUGAUUAUAAUUGUGGGUAUGAGCACAAGUCCAUCUGUAAACGCCGUAGCUCACCACCUGCCAACACCACUGUGGCACCCACAGUGGCUCCUCAAGGUGGCUGCCCACGCCCCUGGAAAAAAAUGAAUUCUAAGUGUUACAACAUCAUUACCAACCAGAAAGUAACAUGGGAUCAAGGGAGGAAACAAUGCCAAGACAUGGGUGGAAAUCUGGUCUCCAUUCCCUCAAGACAUGUGGAAGUGUUUUUGACUACGCAAAUGGCUCACACACCUACUUCAGACCUUUGGAUUGGUUUCCGCAAUUUAAAAGGUCAUGAAUAUUAUUGGACUGAUGGGAAACCGAGACGAUAUGUCAACAUGGGUCUUGUAGUAAAUUGUGCUGUGAUCAACACCAAUCCUUCCUUUGGUAUUGGGAAAUGGAUACAAAAGUCCUGCAAUGACACCAAUGGCUUCAUCUGUCAUCGAAAUGUUGACCCUCAUCUCCCAGACUCCCCUGAACCAACAAUUACUGACUAUGUCAAAAUAUUAAAUGACUCGGUGAAGGUUGUUACUCAACAAAUGACCUGGGAUGAAGCCAAGAAGCACUGUGAAAAUGAUGGCGCUAAACUCACUAACAUACGAAAUGAGUGGUUACAGGCCUAUGUUGAGCUGCUGGCUUUGAAUCUCAAUGCUCCUCUGUGGAUUGGACUGAACAAAGUGCAGACUGAUGGGUAUUUCAGAUAUAUCGACGGCUGGCACAUGAAAUUUACUAGCUGGGAUAACGAUGAACCAAUGAGGGAGAGACCUUGUGUCUACGUAGAUGUGGAUGGAAAAUGGAAGACCGCAUACUGUAACCAGACCAUGAACAGUGUUUGCAUAAAGUCUACCGACGUGCCACCAAAAGAGUUAACCGAUUACCCGGGAGUUUGCCCCGAAGACCCAGAUACAUCUGGGACAGGCAAGAAAUACUUCUGGCUACCAUUUAAAGGUUACUGUUACAUAUUUUUCACUGAAGUAAAAGAGUGGGCACCUGCAUCUGCUAGCUGUUCAAGACACGGUGGAUCACUAGUCAGCAUUGAAGAUCCCUCUGAGCAAGAAUUCAUUCAAAACAAUGCAAGAGACUUUCAAGACAGCCACGCCUCCUUCUGGAUUGGCCUGUAUAAAACUCACAAAGGGGAGUGGUUGUGGGUAGACAGGACAGUCAUGGACUACACAAACUGGGGUGAAGGACAACCUAAUAAACAUAUCCACGCAGUGAUUAGCACUUUAAAUGGGACAUGGAAAGGCGACCAUGAAAGGAAUAAAAGAGCGUACAUCUGCAAAACACCCAAAGUAUUACCACCAACGCCAUUACCAACAAAACCACAUGUACUCUUCAUUCAUCACCGAGGCCACAUGGCUUUGGUAGUUGUGGGGGUCAUUACUGCGAUUGCCAUUGGGGCGGUCAUCGCCUUGUUCAUCUUUAAGAAGAAGGGUCAUCGCUUACCUGUCAUUGACAAGUUAACCACCUUUGACAACCCGCUCUUCUUCAAUAACGAGCAGUUGGAACCUGGAGUGGUUGACACCAACAAACUGGUAGAGAAUGCAGAGGAAGAAAACCCCGAGCCUCUUUUAACUGUGUAAAAAUUUAAGUGCUGUGUAUUUCAAUAUUUGAUGUGUGAAACCAAGAGUUGUAAUGUCUAAUUAUAUGUGAACAACACACUAAAUAUAACAGAUGAUUAUCAUUACUGCAUUUCAUCCUUCUUGAAGUUACAUGAGCUUUAUCCAUUCUUCUGAUGGCUUCUAAUGUAUGCCUUAAUAAAGUUUAUAAUCAUUUUAUAGAGAAAGAGCAAACAGCUUUAGUUAAUUGUGUUUUCCCUCCAGUAUCUUUCAAUUUUGAAUGGCUUGGAUGACCUCUGGUUUUAAACAAAUUUAGCCUGGCUUGUAAAUGGUAAUAUUUAGGUAUUAAAGGUAUUUUUCUUAUUGUCAACAUAUCCCAUGAAAAGAUCCAAACCAACAAUGGCCGAACUCUUAGUACUUUCCAACGUCCCUACUAUGUCUGU